AUGGAUGCUACCUAUAAUACUCUCGCAUUAUACCUUACGCAAAAGAUAUCAAGUCAUUCGUCUCGUGACCGAUUCCUUGUCGCCAUUGCUGGAAUACCGGGUUCAGGGAAGUCCACUUUAGCAAAAACUCUUGUUGAACGUGUAAAUGAACUUGUGGGGGGAAAUGUCUCUGUAAUGGUGCCAAUGGAUGGGUAUCAUUAUCCAAAAAAAAUGUUAGAUACAUUUCCAGAUCCUAAAGAAGCCUAUGCUCGAAGAGGUGCAUAUUGGACAUUUGAUGCGCAAGGUCUUCUUACUUUGACGGAAGCUCUCCGACGUCCUAUUGAUAGCAGUCAAACAAUAACUGCACCAUCGUUCGAUCAUGGUAAAGGCGACCCUGUCGAAAAUGAUAUUGAAAUAUUACCAAGUCAUAAAUUGGUGAUAAUGGAAGGACUUUACCUCCAUUUGAAAGAACCACCAGUUUGGAAAUCAAUUGCAUCACAUAUGGACGAAUUCUG